CUCCAGCAAAGCGUCAGGCACAGGCGAGCCUUAGGUGGCCCGUACCGUCUGCGAUCACGUGCGAUGCCCAUCUGGGGUACUUUUUUUUAUAGCAGCAGCUGCGUUGGUGGGUGACUAAAACCUGGUGACUAACACCACUGCAGAGACGAAAACCAACAACCGGGCAGCUUCAGAGAAAAUCCCGAGUCCACUCCCGCCUCCAGGGACAAAGACAGCCGGAGCCCGAGGCUUCCUGGCGCUUCUCCCCAGCCUCCCCACCCGUUAAGCUCCAAACGUCCCCUCGGGCUCGCCGGCGAGGGACCUCCUUCGAAUGUUUCCCCCGAGCCUCGAAGGCUCGCUCGUGACGUAGCAGCAGGACGCCCUCCUCCUCGCGCGCCGAUUGGCUGAAGCGCGCGGAGGCGGUUGCGGAACGUCGCUGUUUGUGUUUGAACGUUCCAGCGGGAGGGUGGGGCGAGGAGGGCUCCGUCGGGCAGGCGGCCGAUUCGCUGCUUGAGCAGGGCGACCCUCCGCCGCCCCCCCCCGGCUGGACGGCGCGGCGCGAUGGUGCCGUCUCGGUGCGUGAAGAGCGAGUACAUGAAACGCUUCAAAGAGCCCAAGUGGGAGGCGUGCGGCCCCUGCUACCAGGAGCUGCUGCGCUACCGCCUGAGCCGGCGCCUUUUGGAGCAGGCGCACCGGCCCUGGUUUUGGGACGGCUGGGAGCAGGACAGCAGCCAGAGCGGCGGUGGUAGUGGCGGCUCCCCGUCGCCCCCGGGCACGUCCAGCCCGCCGGGUGGCCAGCAAGGAGAAGAAGGAGCGGCGCCUGGCGAAUCUGGCCUGGGCAGGGCGGAGGCAGCAGCGGGGGACGCCGACAGAUCCUGCCCCGAGGAGCCCUUGCGCGGGUCGGAGGAUGAAGACCAAGAGAAAGCCGAGGAGAAAACCGAAGUUGAGAGUGGAGGCAAAAAGUCUGCCCCCAAAGGAGCUGGCGGGUCAGCAAGUUGCCCCCAAGGGCAGCCUUCGAGUCGUGGUGCUUUGGGCAGCCGGGGUGACAGAAGACGGGUGAAGAGUCCUCAAAGGAUACAUGCAGCAAAGGGGUUGAAACACCCAUUUGCCUUGUAUGGCUGGGGAGAAAAACAGACUGAUACCGGGAGCCAGAAGACACACAAUGUCUGUGCAUCCGCUUCUGUGAAUGAAAUCCACGAGUCUGCACUGAGAGCGAAGAACAGAAGGCAAGUGGAAAAAAGGAAGCUGUCUCAGAGGCGGAUUCAUUCAGCGGAAGUAGAACAAGCCUGGAGAGCGAAAUCUGCUGCACCAGACAACCCCUGGAUGACGGAAUACAUGAGGUGUUACUCAGCACGAGCACGGUGAUUCAAGAUUUGCCUGGAACUGUCUUUUUAAAAAUUCAGAAAUAGUGUAUGAAAGCAACGGCUGAAGAAUUCCAAACUACUUAUGCAAGAUUUUUAACAAAAGGAUUUUUCCAGCAGUUUGAUAUACUUGUUUAUAUUUUGGCUACUUAUCCCUGCAGGAGAGGGAAUAAUUGAUUCCAUACUGGUGGGAACUAUGCUUAGCAGUAUAGCUUCUUUACAGGUUUUUUUUUAAAAAAGAAGAAUAUUAAGAGAUCUUUCUGUUGGCCUUGAGCGGAAAAGCUAUGGAGUGUUGUAGAAUGAACUUUUUAAAAUGAAAGACCUCAGAAGGGUUAUUUUGACAAAUAUUUAGUCCCUCCUUAAUCAUUGAAACAUAUGGACCGUAAUCCACGGGAAAUUUCUUGCCCUGAUGUUGCAUAGAACUCAAAACCUUUCCCUAUAGGGGAGCCAUAAGGCUUUACAAAUCAGGUCUGUUAAAAUUAUUUGUAGGUGCCAUUGUAUUUUCAUGUGAUUCUAGUUAAGUUGCUAUGAUUUUCCUCAGACCUGUACAACUUGAGACCUAGCGAGCCAAAUGCAGACUUUCUGCCCUCUGUGGAUUCAAUCCAGUGACCACAAAAACAGGGGACUGUUAUCUUUCUUGCUGUGCAGGCCAGUUGUGCAAGCUCUUGCAGCCAGAUGUGUAGAAGAUUGUAUAAUUGGAAAUGCUCCAUUUUUAGAAUUCUGAAAGCUCUCCCCAACUUUUGGUAAAUAUAUAGUAACUUGUUCAGGUUUACAUUCCAGUUUUAGGUUUUGUGACCAUCUGGAACUGGAGAUUUUGGUGCAAUAGAUUAGUAAUGUGACGUGUUUAUGUUUUUAGCUUUUUAAAUUUGCUAUCAUGAGCCUGUGGUACCAAAUGGCAGGUGUAGACAAUCAUUAACUAUUAGUUAUCAGUACUUUGCAGUAAGUAACAUGGACUUGGUGACAGUGAACUGGGAUGUAGAUAUUUUUUUAAUGCUUUAUUUGGGUGGAUUAAAUAUGCUUUGUAAAGAGUUUUGUUAGGUGAGCUUCUGCAUAAGUGAAAUGUUACGACUAUUUCAACUCUUGAAUUGAACCUACCAGACCAAGUUAGAGUACAUUCCAGAGGCAUGUUCAGGACUCAGGCAAAUUUUGCUAUACUUCUCAAGUGUAUGACAUGCCCCUUAUCCCCCCCCCCGACCACC